AUGAAUUCGAUGGAAAACUCUGAGACCAGCUACAACUUGCCGACGGGCAGUUGCUCGACCAUGGUCAGAAAUCUAGUAUCUCAAUUCAACGACCUGUUCAGUGAUUUCAAUCGAUACAUCUCUCCGGCCUACCAUCACGACCGAUGCGAACGAUCGGUGCACAUGCGUUUGUAUUCGAUGAACAAACGGGAAUUCGUAAUGGUGUUCAUCGUCCUGUUGACGGCCAUGGGGCUGGUGUUAUUCAUCGGAUUGACGGGACCUCCGAUCACACUGACGAGUAAGAUAAGCGGAGUUGAAGUAUUGAAGCACACAAACGGAUCUUUGCCACAGGGCCCAUUCAUCAUGAAAACUCCUAGUCUGUCGGUGUAUAACCAACGAUUGUGGUUAAUCGCAGUUGUGCUGACGGACAAUAAAGACGAUGAGACUUAUGAUAAAAGUUUCAAGAUCAGCAUGGCCAUCAAGGGAAUCACCCCUCAGCACAAAACCACUGAUAUAGUAAAAGUUUUUAAAAACAACAGGACGAGACAUUUACUUUGCAAACAACAGAUAUGUAGCCAAGUGCCUAUAGCUCAUAUUGGCUACAUACACUUUACUCAUUAUACGUUUGAGGUAGAUUUUUAUAAUCUAGAGACUUUUCAUCAAAAGUAUCAAGUAAAAGAAGUCAUGUUCUAUUACAAAUCGUACAACCCGGGCUACACCCAAAUGGAAAUAUGGUUCAGGCUGAUUUAUUUACUCAGUGCAUUUGGAGUACUUUGUUGCUUUGCGAAUUCACUAAGGAAAUUUCCAGUGGUGGAUUGGUCAUACGAGCAAAAAUGGACUGUUGUCUUAUUGCCACUAUUAAUAUUAUUUAAUGAUCCAAUAUUUCCUUUGACACUUCUCACAAGCAAUCAACUAAUCGGAAUGUUAGAUGGUGUCUUCCAAAUAACAUUUAUCUGUGCAAUUUUAUUCUUUUGGCUUUGCAUUUAUCACGGAUUACGUCAAAAUGAAAGAAAACCGAUUGCAUUUUAUCUCCCAAAAGCAAUUUUAGUUGGUCCAUUUUGGAUAUGUGGUGUUAUAAUGGCCAAAUAUCGUCGAAUGAAUGAAUUUGAUGACCCAGCAUUCAGUUAUGAAAUUGAUUCUAGCGCCUACGCUAAUAUCAAGUCGUGUGUAGGCAUUUUUGCAAUCAUAUACAUAGUGUAUCUAGUGUGCUUGAUUUUAAGAGCAUACAGUGAUUUGCGUUCGAUGCCAUAUUUUGAUGCUAGACUGAAAUUUGUAACUAUUUCAAUGGUCAUAUCACUUAUAAUAUGUUCAACCAUAACACAUAUGCAAUAUGGGCUUGGCUUGAUUGAAGACUCGUUUGCUGCAGACUUGAACACAGAAUAUAUGACGUCAGCAUUAUUUAUGACCUUUUAUGGUAUUUGUAAUUUCUAUGUAUUUACAUUGGCUGCUGUUUACUCCCCGACAAAAAAACCAGGAUUUGAGUCUUCGGUAACAAAAGAUAAUCCUGCAUUCUCAAUGGUCAAUGAUUCUGAAGAAGACAUACCAUAUGGUUCAGACGAAGAAAGCCACAAGCCACUAAACCCUCCCAACGAUGACAGUGAUUAA